UUGAUGCUAGAAUUUGACCUGGAGCUUAUAUAAUUAGACGAGACACUAGUUUUCCUCAUUUAAAAGCCUAGUUAGCAUAUGACAGUCUCGUUUCCGGGGAAGUCAAACCUCUACUGCUUCUUUUUAUAACAUUUAAGUUAAUUCAGAAUCCAGAUAAGCCUUGAUCUGAGGACGAUAUAACCACAGCAAGCAACAUGGGAACCUCUAAAGAAAUCAGGAAAGCUUCACAAAACAUGGUGUGAUGUCUACAGGUGGAAACAGGCCAUGAGGUCCGGGGAAGAAGGGAUGGCCUGAUACAGGGACAAUGAAGAUGCAAUGUUGAAGAGUAAGCUGGAGGAGAGAAGCAACAGGCACCAUGGAAAAAACCAAAACAAAGCAAGGAGAGAAUGAACAUAAGCCGAUGAAUAAUCCUUCCACACAGAUUUACCAGUUGCAGGCUCUAGCCUCUGAACUCAAAACUGGCUUCACAGAAGCAAUGCAAGAACUGUCAAGAAUUCAACAUGGAGAAUAUGCUUUGGAAGAGAAGGUUAAGAGCUGCAAAUGUUCCAUGGAAGAAAAAGUUACUGAGAUGAAGAAUUCAUUGAACUAUUUUAAGGAAGAGUUGAGCAAUGCCAUGUCAAUGAUCCAGGCCAUUACUUCCAAACAAGAAGAAAUGCAACAGAAAAUUGAACAGCUUCAACAGGAAAAGCGAAGAGAAUCUCGAAAAGUUAAAGCCAAGAAAACUCAAAAAGAAGAACAUGGCUCACAGGCCGGACCUGCUCAAGCACAAGGAAGUCCUUUCCGUUCCAUCAACAUCCCUGAACCUGUUCUUCCAAGUGAAGACUUUACAAACCUUUUGCCUUCUCAGGCCUAUGAAAAAGCUCAAGAGGCCAGAUCCAUGCAUGUAGCAGAUAGCAAUGUGAAGGGCAUGAUGGGUCCUGGAAUGAACCCAACAACUCCAGAAGCAGAAGAAAACCUUAAGACUUGCCUCUCGGCUGAUAUCCAACACAAGGGCCAUCUUCCACCUGGUGUGUGGAGGCAGCCAAAGGAUAGUAAAGAAUGGGGUGAAGAAUAUGUCACGAAAGACCACCCAGAUAAACUCAAGGAAGCUGGCCAGGGCAGACACAGCUCCUUGGAAAACAUUUUAUGUGAAACCUCUUUAGCUGCUAAAAGACAGACUGUGGCUUUGGAACUGCUUGAAUCAGAAAGAAAAUAUGUCAUUAACAUCUCUCUGAUCCUGAAGAUCAAGGCAACAUUCCAGGGGUCAGAUGGAAAGAGGAAUUCCAAAGAGAGAAGCCUCUUCCCUGGCUCUUUACGGUACCUUGUCCAGCAGCACCUGGAUUUGCUUCAUGCUCUGCAGGAAAGGGUCUUGAAGUGGCCACGCCAAGGGGUCCUUGGAGAUUUAUUCCUUAAGUUAACAAAUGAUGAGAAUAAUUUUUUGGAUUAUUAUGUUGCUUACCUGAGGGACCUGCCAGAAUGCAUCUCUUUGGUUCACGUGGUUGUUCUGAAGGAGGGUGAUGAAGAGAUUAAGUCUGACAUCUAUACACUGUUUUUUCACAUAGUUCAGCGCAUCCCUGAAUAUCUGAUACAUCUGCAGAACGUCCUGAAGUUCACAGAGCAGGAACACCCUGACUAUUACCUACUUCUUGUGUGUGUUCAACGCCUGCGAGUAUUUAUCUCACACUACACCCUGCUGUUUCAGUGCAAUGAGGAUUUGCUUAUUCAGAAACGGAAAAAACUCAAGAAGUCAUCCAUGGCGAAGCUGUACAAAGGGCUGGCUUCCCAGUGUGCAAAUGCCGGGCAAGAUGCUUCUCCCACUGCAGGCCCCGAGGCUGUCCGUGACAGUGGGAUCCACUCCGAAGAGAUGCUGCAACCCUACUCUCCUGCUCCCAGUUCUGGCCCUGCUGUCACACAUUUGAUGCCCCCAGUGAAGAAAAGCCAACAACAGCAAAGCUUGAUGGAGAGCAUGCAGCCCGGAAAGCCCAGUGACUGGGAGAUAGAGGGCAGAAAGCACGAGAGGCCUGAGAGCCUCCUGGCGCCGGGGCAGUUCUGUGCCGCCGAGCAGGACGUGAAGGCGCUCGCUGGGCCCCUGCAGGCCAUCCCGGAGAUGGACUUCGAGCCCUCUCCGGCCGAGCAGCUGGGCAACGUGGAGCGCUCCCUGCGCGCCCCGGCCGAGCUCCUGCCCGACGCCCGCGGCUACGUGCCCGCGGCCUACGACGAGUUCGAAUACGGCGGCGAGAUCUUCGCGCUGCCCGCGCCCUACGACGAGGAGCCCUUCCAGGCGCCGGCCCUCUUCGAGAACUGCUCGCCCGCCUCUUCCGAGUCCAGCCUGGACAUCUGCUUCCUGCGGCCCGUCAGCUUCGCCGUGGAGGCCGAACGGCCCGAGCACCCGCUGCAGCCCCUGCCCAAGAGCGCGACGUCUCCGGCGGGCAGCAGCAGCGCCUACAAGCUGGAGGCGGCGACGCAUGCGCACGGCAAGGCCAAGCCGCUGAGCCGCUCGCUCAAGGAGUUCCCGCGCGCGCCGCCCCCCGAGGGCGUGGCCCCGCGCCUCUACAGCACGCGCAGCAGCAGCGGCGGCCGCGCGCCGCUCAAGGCCGAGCGCGCUGCGCAGCCGCACGGCUCGGCCUCCUCCGGCCGUGGCGCGCCCAGAACCUUCUUUCCCCAACAGAGGUCCCAAAGCGAAAAGCAGACCUAUUUGGAAGUAAGGAGGGAGAUGCAUUUAGAAGACGCCACGAGAUUCUGUCCAAAGGAAGAAAGAGAAAGUGAACAAACAUCUUUCAGCGAUCAAAACCCCAGGCAAGACCAGAAAGGGGGCUUUCGCAGCUCCUUCCGCAAGCUCUUUAAAAAGAAGUCCAGUGGAUCAGAAUACAGGGAAAAAACUAAUGAGAACCCCUCAAUGGAUCCUUCACCCACCAAACAAGAUUUCUUCAGAAACCGACUUGCUCUUGCAAAUGACCUUGACCAAGGAACAGCUGUGUAAAACAUACUUACAGUUGUAUUGUCAAGUGGUAAGAUGAGGAUAAAAAGCUUGUAUAUAUCUGUGUAGGAAUAUAUAUAUAUAUAUAUAUAUAUAUAUAGAUGUAUAAAUCCCUGAGGAAAACUAAUAUAAAUACUUACAUAUGAAACUAUAUCAACAGACAAGACAUUGAAAAGAUGAAGAUUAGUCUGUGCUUGAGAGCUUGCUAUUUGAACAACACCUGGGAAAAGGGAAAUGAAGACUUUUCACAGCAUUACAGAAAAACACAAUAAAUUUGGAGGAAAAUAAACAUUUGUAAGAACAGAAACUUCCACCUUGAGGUCAUUCCCCCAGUAUAAUAUUGAGCAUGUUCAUAUUUAACAUGGAUGUGAAUUUUAUGCUUCCUAGGCAUUUAGCGUAUUAAUUCAUCCCAGUGUUCUCAGACUAAUAUACACUAUGUUAGGGGCCAGUUCUGUCUUGCCAUAUGUCUUUCAAAAACCCCAAGGCAAACACCUAACAUCCCUUAAGGCAAAGGAUCAGUUAAUAGAAUUGUACUUUACAUGUUGCAAAUAUGAAUUUUGUGGAAAAUUUGUGCUUAAACCAUGACACAGAAGGUUCAAAGCUUAAAGACAUAUUAAUCUCCAAAUAGGAAAAGAACCUUAAGAGUAGUAUUCCUCUUGUUCUAUGGUUAUGAAAAUCAGUGCAGGGAACAGUGAUUUUUCUAGAAACUGGGAGGCCAAAGAAACAUUUUCCCUCACGUGGGUUGUGCUGCAGAUGGGAACGAAUCCAGAGUCGGUGUUUUAUUGAGUACUGAGGAUUCAAAGAUCCACCAGUGAUCCUGAGUGUCACACACACUCAUGACCAUAUGGACUGGGAAAAAGCACUGAUUUUGUCACCAACAUCAGUACUUUAAUGGCUUAUACACAGUGGUUGCUACAAACACCAAGUCGGAAUGAAAAGUCAGCGCUAGCGUUACCUUAUUCUAUUUUCCAGAAGUAAGUUGUAAAGAAAGGUCUUACAGUGCAGGCAGAGAAAUCAUUGCAAUGAGGCUUGCCUGGCUAUGGGGUCAAUAAAAUGUACUCUCUUUCCACAUAGGUAUGCCCAAGAUGGCCCACAUCCUUGACAUGCCCCAAACAUCAGAAUCGUAACAGAAAAAAAUUAGGUUGAAACAAUCUGUCUCUAUUUCUCAGCAGUUCUAAUUAGGGGCAUAGGUUACUAUUCAUUCAGAAUCUUGGUGCUCCAGCUGACUUCUCCAGAGGCUGUUCCUCUAGUGACUACUGUUUGAUAAAAUAGGGGAAGUUUCACUUGUGUUACAAGUUUUCUUCUCCUUGUCUGACGACUAAUUAGGAACCCAUCUAUUAGCAUUUGGAACAGUAGGAGUCUGGAACAGUUACAGGAUCACUGCCAACUUUUUGGAGUUUCCAAUAAUAUUUGAAGCCAAGCUUUUCAAAUUAAUGAACUCCUCUGAAAUUAGAUUUCUUUCUAUUAUCAGGCCAAAGAUGUUUUGGGGGACAGUGCUUAAAAGCAUAGUGUGAAAUUGACUGGACAUGAAAAGUGAAACAGGAGACAUAACCUCUUAAAUAAAAUGUAAAAAACAAAAUUUCUUUCCCCUUCAUAUUGUUUAUCAUAAAAAUGAUCAAUUACUGGGAUGGUUUCAAAAAUAUUCACAUACAUCCCAAAGUUUCAUUUUGAUAACACCCUUUGAAAAAUCUUGAUGCUACAUCUGUAGCACAACUCAAUUUAGUAAUAUUUUAGGAAAGUAGCCUAUAAAACUAGUAAUAAUUAAUGCUGCUACUCUCUGGGUCUCUAUCAUCUGAUAUCUGGAUUUUUUUCUGGUAGCUUUCUAACUGCCCCCAUCAAUCCCACACAUCUCUUAACAUGUGAAUAUUCCCAAAUAUUGCUUUGUGUUAAACUCUUUGACUGUUCUUAUUUGUCUGUAGUCAAAUUCCAAACUCUUUGACUUGACAUUCAAGGCUCUCUCUCUCCAGUGCAGCUCCAGGUUUUCUCUCUGGCUACCAGCUCCCUCUUUGCAGUGCUACUGAACUACUGUACCUCAGCUAAGCUGGGCUGUUACUGUUUCCUGGCAAGCCACGCACCUCGCUCAGGCUCACUCUUGCUUCAUGUCUUUACUCUGGCCUCCUUCCUCUCUGCUAAUGUUCAAGACCCAGUUUAAGCCUCGUCGUCUUUCCGUGGCCUCUAGUGGUGUAACUUGUCUAUCUUUUGAUCUGUGUGUCUUGUCUUCCCAACAACAAUGUAAGUCUCUGCAAGGGCAGGAGCUGUACCGUAUCUUUUGAAAUUCUUUCCACCUCUAGAAUUCUAGGUGCUUAGUAAGCAGUUGAUGCCAACAUUAAUGUUGGUGCUCUAAAAUAUAGAGGCCACAGAAAUUAAUUUCUACUCAUAAUUUGCCAAAGAGUUUCAGGGUUGUCACUUUACUUUCCUGCCUUUCAUUUUUCUUUUUUUUUUUAAAGAAAACUAUCAAUCGCAAAGGAAAUAAAAUACAGUUGUCUUCAGAAGCCGGUAAAGGCACCACUGCCACUGUCAUAGCAUCUAGCAUUAGAAAACAUCUCUCCAUUAAAAAUAAAAAAGUUUGCUACUCUUUUCUGUGCUGUACUGACCCAUUUCAUAAUCUUUCUAGGUAGUACUGUAAAUUGACAGAGGAGCUAGGAUAUUUAAUGAUAUUUAAUGUAAUGUUGCACUAGGGAUGAAGUCAGGGUGGGAAAGAGCUUUUGGCAAUUGAUAAAAUCUGUUGCCUCCAGUCCUUCCAGAGAAGGAGAGCACAGACAGCUCCUGGAAGUGUCUGAGUGAGUAAGCAGAGAGAAGCAUUCCACCAAAAGAUGAAGUGGCUAUUUCUGCACAGGCUGGCAGUGGCCACAGGUCCCUUCUGUGUUCCUGUGGGGUCUGUAUGGAACUCCAAGCAAGGAUUGUCCUGCUUUUCUGAUGCCAGAACUGGGACCUUGGAGAGCUGGGGAUUUACGGACGAACACUCUGGGGUUCCAUGUGGUGGGGUAUUUCAUCAUAUGACAUAGUUUGCUUGAAAUUACAAAGCCUCUUUCUUGCUCAGGGAAAACCCUUUGUACAGUGUUUCUAUAGCACCUCGUGUCUGUCAUAUUCUCUCACCUCCUUCAAGUCUGUACUAAUAUACUAUCUUCCCUAUGAGGGCACUUGUGAAAAUGCAGAUUCCUGGGUACUAUUUCAGUCCCACUCUACUGGAAUAUUUCAGAGCGGGGCCCAUGAAUCUGCAUUUUAAAUGCACUCAGGUGAUUCUUUGGCCCACUGAAUUUUUUGUUUUGUUUUGUUUUGUUUUGCGGUACGCGGGCCUCUCACUGUUGUGGCCUCUCCUGUUGCGGAGCACAGGCUCCAGACGCGCAGGCUCAGCGGCCAUGGCUCACGGGCCUAGCUGCUCUGCGGCAUGUGGAAUCUUCCCGGACCGGGGCACGAACCCGUGUCCCCUGCAUCGGCAGGCGGACUCUCAACCACUGCGCCACCAGGGAAGCCCGGCCCACUGAAAUUUUAAAGCCACUACUUCUUAGACCAAUAAAUUGAAUGAUUUAGUAUAUAAACCACAGCACUGAUUCUAAACAUAGAUUGAAUUUUAGGACAGAAUAAAGGAUUAUACUUACCUUGGGUUACAGAAAACUGAUAGUUCAUGAAAACCCAAAUGAUUCUUUUUGAAUUAUUUAAUUUACCAUCUGUGACCUUUACUAUUAUAUAUAGUAAGAUUUUGAUUAAAAAUAUACAUAUAUACAUGAUCAGUGUUUUUUAUAAUAAAGUAGUAAAAUUGACUAUAUAUUCUACAUAAUCAAUUGCAUGCACUUAGAAACAUGAUAAAAUGAAUGUCUUAACAUUAAGUUGUAUAAUAAGAUUAAGUCUAGUUUUCAGACUAGACUUUCUCUUGAAAUAUCACCAUAAAUAACUUUCUUCCUAAGCCUAAAACAGUAGUGCUCUGGGAACACUUGGGACUCUCAUAUCCUGAGAGCUGAUUUAAGUUAAAGAUGUGCAUGCCCCACUCAGCCUGUGAGCAUCCGAAUAUCUAUGCAGAGAGGCCAGUGGAUCUCACAUGGUAGGGAGAGGUUGACAGAAAAACGGGUGAGAAAGAGUUUUUCAAAAAGGGAAACAGGUUAAAAAAAGGUUGAGAAAAUUGAUGGAGAGACACCUCUAUAUUUUAAGGGAAAAAAUUAGAAAUUGAUGUGUGACACUAAGUUUUAAACACAAGAACAUAAGGAUGUGCUGUAAGCAGUGCAGAAAAUAUUGUUUUGGAAAAUUGUCAGACAUUCAAAAUAGUCAAUAUUUUUGUACCUAAACCAAAUAACUUAUUUUCCAAAAUUUAUUGUUGCUUUCAAAGAGCUUAGUGUACAAUCUUUAAUGUUAUCAAACUUAUUAAAUAUCUAUAGAGAUGUUUUUAUUCCUUCUUCUUGCCUCAUUGCCUCCAGAGAUAGCAGCAUUCAGUGCUCUGAUUCUUAGCAAGAAGACUGAAUGUGUUGUGUUUCUUCCUCAUGUACGUAAACCUGUUCAUCUGAAGAUUGUGGGAUCUACGUGAAGGACUGCUGUGGAUCCCAUCUGUGUUUCUAAGUGUGUUGUUUCCACUUCACACUAGAUCGCAUCCCCUCUUCUCAUCAUCACAUUUUCCUUUUAAACUGGUGCAAACCCUUCAGCAUACAAACAGGCUCUUAUUUCUUUCAUUUUAAGCAAAAGAAACCUUCUCUUGAAGGUUCUAACUCUGUCGCAGUUCACGGCUUCCUUUUAUGUAAAACCUGAAAGACCAAACUGCUCCGCAUCUCUCCUCCCAUUCCUCAUUAAACUCACUCCACCCACAGCACUCCCCUUACUACUCUUGUCAAGGGCAUCAUCGGUGAUUUUCACCCUUGCUAAAUGAAUGGUCCAUUCUUAGUUGUUUUACUCCCCCAUCAAAUAGCAUUUGAGGCACUGAUCACUUCCUUCUUCGGAAAUAUCAGUAAUUUCUUCACUAGGCCUCAAGGAUGCAACAGGCUGCUGGUUUUCUCCUUCAUUCCUUCCUGGUCUACUUGUUCGGGAGUGAGGCGGCUCUCUCCUCCUUUUAAGGUUACAAAGCCCCAGGGCUCUUUGCUUAGAUCUCUUUUUUUUCCAGGCUGUACUCAUUUCUUUGGUGAUCUUAUCUGGACUGCUGGCUUUAAAAUAUGAUCUUUACAAAAGUGACUCCCAAUUUUGUAUCUUGAACCCCUAACUCUCCCCCAAACUCCAGACUCACAUCUCCAGCUGCCUCCUUGGCACCUCUCAGGUGUCUUAUAUAUUUAUUGAACUUAUCAUGUCCAAGCUUGCUUCAACCAAAUCUUCCCCACCUCCGUUAAUGGUAACUUUGUCCUUCCAGUUGCUCAGGCCGCUAAUCUGGAAGUUAUCCUUGACAAUUCUGUGAAACCCAACAUCCAGUCUAUCGGUGACCUCUUCUCACCACCUCCUCUGCUGUCACCCUGGCCGAUCUGCCUUCUAUUGGACCAGCUUCCCUAGUCCCACUCUUAACCCCUAAUUAUUCUGAACACUGCAGCCAGAGUGAUCAUGUUAAAAUGUAAAUCAGAUCACGUCACUUCUCUGCUCAAACCCUCUAAGGGCUCUAUUUCUCUCAAACAGAAGCUAAAGUCAUUAGAAGUGAUCUGGACCCAUUAAACCUCUGACGGCACCGCCUGCUCACUCAGUCAUUCCUCUCCAGACCAGUAGCUUCGCUAUUCCUCAGAUAUAUUAAGUAUAUGCUCCUGCCUCUGGGCUUUUGAAUUGACUGUUCCCUGUGACUUCACAUAUUUUUUUUCCUAGAUACUUGCAUGUCUCAUUCCUGCACCUCCUUCAAGUCUGUACUCGUAUGUCCCCUUCUCCGUGAGGCUGGCUCUCACCAUCCUGGUUAGGUUUCACUUCCCCUGCCCCUACAUUCCCAGUCACCUUGUCCUGCCUGCUUUUUUGUUCAUAGCAGUUACAACAUUCUAACAUAUAUCUAUUUGUUCUUAUUACUUAUUGUCUACAUUUCCUCACUAGAUUAUUAAUCCCACGAUAUGGAUUUUUGUCUGUUUUGUUCAUUGCUAUAUUCCUAACAUCAAAACUGUACUUGAAACAAUAAAUAUUUGUUGAAUAGUCAGAUGGGCCCUUAACAAAUGCUUAUAACUAAGGUCACUCAAAACCAAUUUAAGUGUAAACAUCAAAGGAAGCUGUAUGGUAAAGAAUCAAAUUAUGGGAACUUCAGGAUGGACCAUCAACCUCUUAAAAGAUAUCUAAAAGCAGGCAAACUCUGAAAACAUAUCCCUCAUAUCUUGUUACUAUUAAGUACUCACUCUGUGAAAGGCACUGGGUUUUAUACAUACUACCCUUUAAACCUCACAACAGUCCCAAAGAGUAGAUCUAUUGACCUCAAAUAUUGAUGAAGAAACACAGACUCAGAUUAUUUAAAUAACUUCUCCAAAGUUACACAUCUAGUAAGUCAUGGGCCAGAAUGUGAACACAAGAGAUUUGAUUCCAAAGCACCUGCUUGUUGUACUCCACCACCACAAUUUUUCCUUUUCUAGAUGAGUCAUGAAGGUACAGAAACCAGCUUCUAAAAAUGGGCUGUAGUUUUCUUCUUGCCUCCAAUAAGAAUCAAGAGCCCUAAAAUAGUAGAAUGACUAUAAACUGCUUUUUUGGAAUUGUACUCUAUCAAAGCCCUCCUUGCUACAUGCAUCUAUCUGCAAAAAGGUAGGCUCUGCUGGUGGCCGAACCCUAGAGUCUUAAGUGCCCUGAAUCUGUGAUGAGCUAGUGACUAAAAUAAGUAAAAAAACAAACCACCUGGUUAAAAUUGAAAAGAAGUGAUGUUUUAAGAGCAAAUUUGGAAUCAGGUCUGACUAAUCAAUAUUGUUAUUUUCCUAUAGCUUUUAAAUUGAUUUUCUAGAAUAUACUCAAUAAUACAUACUUGGAUUUCACAGUGGCCUACAAAUGGAAUUUGUACAAACUGAUGAUUUUGUGUCUUUAAACCAGGGGUGAAAAAAAAAAACAAAACAAUGAAUUUUGACUAGUGCUGAAAGCAGUCCUCCAAAUACCAGGAAUCAAAGUUGAGUCAGUGGUCUCAAUCACUGACUGUCACAUGAUGUUGGCUAAGUCAUGUCACUUACUUCAAUUUUAAAAUAAGGGUAUUAGAUCUCUUAAGGAUUCAUUAGUUUUCACAUUCUGUAGUUCACCAUGAAUGACCUCAUAUUUGCAUAAUUCUUUACAGUGUACAACUGUAAGCUGUAUCUUUUUAUGCCAAGCCCAGAAAGAACUGCUGAACGUCAGGCUGCCAUGUUCCAGCAGGUCUCAGCAAAACCUGCCUUUUGAGGGACUGUGGUAUCUUAAAACUUCUUUUAUGGAAUACAAAUGCCUCAGCCCUCCCCUGCAGCUUCAUCCAGGUGACACCCAAGGUCACUAAAGUACUAAUUUUCAUCCCAAGGGCCUCCCACUCACUACAAUCAUAGAGCUUGAUACAGAAGGAAGUAUUCAACUUCUUUUAUAAUACUUUUAUAAUACUGUGAUACAGGAAAAAGCGCCUCCAAAGCAAGACCAUGAUUAAGAGCAAACUAUUUCUAUGGAAAGUAUGAGCUAAAAUGAGAAUCACUAAUGGCAUUAAAAUACUGCCUUCUAAAAUAAAUACAUGCAAAAAUAAUACACUUGUGGGCUAUGUAAGGCAUUUUUUUUUUUAUUAUUUUUCGGUUUAUCUUAGUAAUGCCAGAAAAAUAACAGCCGUUAUUUUCACUUUAAAUGCAAACCAAAUACUGCUGCACACAGAGUACAAAGAUUACCUACGAACAUGGUUAGGUACAAAGGCCAUAUUAGAUGUAUAGACCACACUUUGUUUUUACAUCAGAGUAAGACUGACAGAGCAAUUUUUUGGACAAUUAUUUUAGCAAAUAACCGUGCUACUAAACAAAGGCAAAUACACAUAUAUAUACAUAAACACGUUUCAACUGAAGUUAUUCGUGUCACUUUGACAAACAAAGGCUUCUUCUCUGGUGGGUUUCACCAGAUAUUUGCACCCCAAAGUCCCCUGCCCUGAUCCCGCCCCCAAAUGCUGACUUGAUCUGAAGAAAAAAAUCAGAGAUGUUCUUAAUUAAAGGCACAUUUGGCAGCUACGGAAAGUGGCAUGCAUCUGGCACAGGUGCACUCUCCCUAUAAAGCCACACCACAUGUGACUUCCAUCCACUAUGCAUCUUGUUUGAGUGGUAGUCCAAUGUGAUCCACCUUUAGCUAAUUUGCUUUAUAAUUUUGCAGCAAUUGGCUACUUAAUGCACUAUUUUCAUUAAAGGCAAAAGGGAAGUUUGCUCACAGUUGACAGAAAAUGCACUUUAUGGUGUCAAAAAUGGAAAAUAAGGCAUGAAAUUUACAAAACAAGUUACAAGUGCUUUUGUUUAGAUUUAUCAUAGACUUCAUGCUUUUCUUAACUAGCGCUCAAAAUAUUUCACUGGCUCAUCUAUAAGGAAUUUUGAAAUGAUUUUAAAAGUAAUGAGAUGUUUCAAAAGAAAAAUACUGAAUAAAUAAACUAAGUCAUCACUUUCCCUUAUAAAUAAUUUUACUGCAUAAUUCUUUCAGACAAACUGGUAUUAACCCUGUGAUGCUUACUUUACUGGUAAAGAUUUAUGUGCAACACAACAGGACCUACACUUGUACGACAGUCAUACAAUAUAGGUUAAAAGAAUAAGUGAACCUACCUAUAGCAGCAGAAUACCGAGAAAUAAAUGGUUAAAUUUUUCUUUCUGAAUCUGGAGGGGAAAAAAAAGGUUUUCCUCAAUAUGUAUAACACUAAUAAAUUGAGACACCUCCCCCCAUUUCCAUUAUCUGUUUUGCUGAGCCACUUAAAACUCUGAAUUUAAGCUGUCAUGAAAAGACAAAUGAUGAGGUACAUGACUAAUGUGAGCUAAAUUUGAGAAUUAAGACAAGACUGUGAUCAUAGAUACCAACUAAGUUUUGGUUUGCCUAAUUUUUGAUGUACGGAAAAAACACAUUAAGGAAUUUAGAACCAUAAUAUAGCCUCCAACUGAAAUAGUACUAGUUCACUACACUGUUCUGUUAAUUGGAGUAUAAUUAGCGUGGCAUGCUCCUUGCUAAAUUCAGAUACAUUAAAACAUUCUUGAGUUGUUAGAGCACAGUAACCUACUAAAUACAUAAUUUGAUACCCAACAACCUUUAAUUAAGCAAACUUUUGACCUUUGUACAUUUCCUCAUAAUUUGUAGUCUUAAAACACAUUUGGAGAUCUGGGAAGAGUAAUUAACCUGUCUUUCAAUAAAUUUAGAAACAUAUAUUUAUCUUUUCCUGUUUUUAAAAGUACUUAGAUGUGAAAAGCCUCCCUUUCUAUUAUAUUGGUUAUCAGCCCAUUUAGGUAAAUUCAACCUUGAAAUAUUUUCUUCAUUUUGUGAUCCAAAGAAAAUGAAACAUCUAAGAGCACUUACAUUUCUAAAAGAAACGUUCCAUAUUUUGGAAGGUGAUUUAGGAAAAGUCACGCUGCAUUGACUGUCUUGUAAUGUCCUGAAUUCAAAAGCAGAAUUUUGUGGUGAUGCAUUUGUCUUCUCAGCCACUUCCUGUCCCUGGAAAUUUUAGUUACUACAAAGAAUAAGUUUGCCAGCUAGUUAAUGUUUCACAUGUGAAGAAGGCAAGGAUACAGUUUUCUCAACUCCAUUGAAGGGCAUCCAACUGGAAUUUUUCUAAUCAGUUACCACUGCAGAAAAUAUUUUUACCCAAAUUUUACACUUCAGAAUAAAAAUAUCCUGUAUCCACAAUGCAUGUAAAGCUGAUGCACAGUGAAGCGGUCGCCUAGAACCACGAGGGUAGAAGAAUGCUUCCCUUUGGGAGAAGUAUGAUUAGAACUUCAAAUCUGAGUUUUUUUUCUUUAUACAAUCAGGCAGGUUGAAAAGAGGUCAUUACCUUGUUGAAGGCUAACACACUGGCCAGAGAGAUACUGAAUGGGCUCCAAUGGGACUUUUCUCAGGUUCUCAUUUGGAGUGGGGGUGGGGUAAUUAAAGAGAAGUGUGCGUAAGACAUAUAAAGGGAAAUCCUAGGGACGAUGUGGCUGGUCUAAUAAAAAGUCAUGGAAAUUCUGGAAUGUGUAUUAUGAUUAAUUGUAGCAGCACUAGUAAGUAGGCUUAGAUAAAUACUUGUUGAAUGAAUGGUCUUAUGGACACUCUGCGUACAAGAGGAGAUUUGAAAUUAAUUUGGGGGGAGACUUUUAAAAGGAGACAUUUUACAAAGAGAAAAGUGGCUACCAUAAUAGGAAUGGUACAAAUAUUAGAAAAAAAUGAUUCAACUUUAACAAAUAAAUAAAGUAUAUGACAGGAUGGACUGCUAAAUGAUGAUGCAACCAACACUCUAGUCUUAAAGGACUAUAUAUUGUACUACUGUGAUGUACAUUUAAUGCUCUAAUAAAUAUCACAGAAAAUUAUUAAAGUACUAGGUUUCCACCAUGAUGCAGCACUUCUAAAAAUGUCUCUAAUGGCAUCGUUAACAGAAUUGCUGAAAUGUUGCUUCAUUAUUCAGAGGACACAUGCAUAUACUGAUAAACUGAUGACUCUCUAAGGAUGGAAUACUGCACACUUCACAGAUACUAUAGUGGAGAUUAAUAACACUUUUUCUCUUCAACAAGUUGCAUGCAUUUCAAUCACAGUAUUUGUUAGACUCAGAAGAUCAGUACAUAAGCUUAAUGAAUAAUCCAUAUUAUGAUAUUAAUGAUGUAGGUAGAUGUUCUAUUACGAAUAGUUCCGAAAGAGCAAAGACCUCAAGCAAGGUAGAAUGUUUAAUAUAAACUUUAACAGACUUUAUACAUGUUACCUAGGAAAUUAAAAACCUUACAAAGCUCUGCUUAAAAGAUACCCAUCCUAUUCUAACCAAAUAUUUUCCUACAUGCCAAACUGCAACUUUAGAUCAUUCUUUAAGAUGAAUACAUACAUCCAGAACUAGAAACCAAGGCGUACCACAAUACGUGCUUUUAUGCUUAGUGUUUGUGUGUUUCAACUGAAAGAAAUAAGAAUCAACCAUUUUCUCAUAUAAUAAUUUAAUAUAUGCCAGCCAAACAAAGUAUUUGUAUCUUUAUUCAAUUAAAUUAAAACAGACCUGCCAGGUAUAUUAUAUAACAUUCACUAUAUACACAUGAUUUAGGCAAUGCAAGGUAAUUCUAGAUAUGCUGAUCACUCAACUAUUAGUAAAACAUGAACGGUGUCAGCGAUGCCCAGCAAGUACUCCUUUCACACUGGGUGACUGCAUUUCCAUAGUAUGGUUAGAGGGACAGCUACAAGCCAUGACAUGGAUUACCAGUAAACUUUUGUGGGAAAAGGGGGGAAAAUGACAAUCUAGCAUAGAUUAACAGUCUCCUAAAUGUAAAUCAUAUACUUGACAGUUACAUUGUUUUAAAAGUUCUUCUGUCAUUGUUAAUGACACAAAACUUCUCUUGUUUGAAGGCAACACCACCACAUUUUGUUUGUGUAGGGAGGGUGGGUAGGGGAAUGCUCUUAAAAUCGGUAUAAUUAUUCUUAAAAAAAAAAAAAAAAGUACCUCUUUGGUGAAGCCUCGGUACCCAUUCAAUUCACUGUAAUAAUCUGUAAACAGGACUGUAGUACAGUGCUGGGCCUUGAUUCCAACAAGGUCAGGUACCACAGCCUUUCCUCACAGUCCUCUGAAUGAUUUUUAAGAAAAUAUUCUAAAGUAGGACAAACAAAAGCAAAGGAAAACAAAGGAGGAUUUGAAGAUCCCUGUUUAAGAUUUCUUUUUAAAAAGUGCAUAAUAUUUUGAAUUACAAAAACUGUCAUCAUGUGGGCCUGCUGGACACUAGACUGUUUUUCAUCCCUUUAAUGAUAAAGAUCACUUCACAAAAAGAGGACUCCUGCCUACUGGCUGGAGAAAGUUCCCUUUACUUGAUUUUCAGGUGCAAUCAGUUGUCCACUUCCUCUAGAUCAGUCUUUCCAUAUUCUAAACGAACACCAUUUUCACUUUAUAAUUACAUCUAGGUUAAAAUUCAUUGUCUUAUACUGCAUCUUGAAGUAGAGUCGUUAGUGUUUGGAGUUCUCAUUUUAA